AUGACUAUGGUCACCCGAUCCACCCCGCCGCCUCCCCAGACCGACCUCAAGACCGUCGUCGAGAGCCGGAAUCGAGAGUGGCACUUCCACAUUUACUUCCUCAUCCAGUCGGAGACCGAGACUGCCGCUGCUCUUGCUCUUCGUGAUGCCGUCCUAAGGCUACGUCGCGACGGGGCCUUUGUUGCUGUCCCGCUGUUCAGGGUUAACCACUACCCGAUAGGGCCCCAUCCGGCUGGGUCGUACGAGAUCUGGGUGCCUGAUUCUUCAUUCUCCGAUGUCUUCUUUUACCUAUCCGCCAACCGUGGCAACCUCAGCAUCCUCGUCCAUCCCUUGACAUCAGAUCAGCGCGGAGACCACGAGACCCGGAACGCCUGGAUGGGCACGCCGUGGCCCAUAUUCCUCGACGGCCUGCCGGUUGAGGGCGAGAUCCCGCUGCAGUACCCGGAGCUAGGCCGCGGCUGGUCCACGUCGCCGAGGCAGGAGAUGUCGCUCGAGGAGAGGCGCAAGAAGGGUGCGGAGGUCGAGGCUCUGCUGGCUAAUGAUCCGGAAGCGGCUCCGGCUCCUAAGGAUUGA